AUGAUGGUAACUAAUGUCUGUGGAAGUUGUUUGCAAGUGAAAGUACUUUCAGCUCGAGCAGUGUUUGAUAAAACACAAGAUGUAAUAGUGGAAGUGCAAUACAAUAACACUAGUAAUGACACAAUAUCGAUUUAUAACUGGCGUUUACCAAGCAAUGAAUUGAGUGAUCCAUUAUUCAAAGUAACUUGUAAUGAUAUUCCUGUUGAUUAUGUCGGUCCAUUAAUGAAACGACGUGCACUAACUGUUGAAGAUAUGACUCCUCUAGAACCUGGAAAAACAAAAAUCAUUCAAGCUCGAUUAUCAUCAGUAUACGAUAUGACCAAGACCGGCAUUUAUUCAAUCCAAUAUGAUAUGCCAACUGAACGUGUUGUCUACAAGCAUGCUCGAACAUUCGAAAGAGGAAGCUCACUAAUACUUUUACAAUCAACAGCAUCAGUGUAA